UCGCGCUCCUCUCGCCCAUGGAAUUAAUUCCGGCUCCACUUGUUGCUCGGCCCAGAAGUCGAUUGGAAUAUUAAGGCCAGGAGUUGCUUUGGGGACGGCUGGAAGUGCAAUGUCUUCCAAGUUCUUCCUAAUGGCUUUGGCCAUAUUUUUCUCCUUCGCCCAGGUUGUAAUAGAAGCCAAUUCUUGGUGGUCGCUAGGUAUGAAUAACCCUGUUCAGAUGUCAGAAGUAUAUAUCAUAGGAGCGCAGCCUCUCUGCAGCCAGCUGGCAGGACUUUCUCAAGGACAGAAGAAACUGUGCCACUUGUAUCAGGACCACAUGCAGUACAUUGGAGAAGGCGCAAAGACGGGCAUCAAAGAGUGCCAGUAUCAAUUCCGGCAUCGGAGGUGGAACUGCAGCACCGUGGAUAACACCUCCGUUUUUGGCAGGGUCAUGCAGAUAGGCAGCCGCGAGACGGCCUUCACGUACGCGGUGAGCGCCGCGGGGGUGGUGAACGCCAUGAGCCGCGCGUGCCGCGAGGGCGAGCUCUCCACCUGCGGCUGCAGCCGGGCCGCGCGCCCCAAGGACCUGCCGCGGGACUGGCUGUGGGGCGGCUGCGGGGACAACAUCGACUACGGCUACCGCUUCGCCAAGGAGUUCGUGGACGCGCGCGAGCGGGAGCGCAUCCACGCCAAGGGCUCGUACGAGAGCGCGCGCAUCCUCAUGAACCUGCACAACAACGAGGCCGGCCGCAGGACGGUGUACAACCUGGCCGACGUGGCCUGCAAGUGCCACGGGGUGUCGGGCUCGUGUAGCCUCAAGACGUGCUGGCUGCAGCUGGCCGACUUCCGCAAGGUGGGCGACGCCCUGAAGGAGAAGUACGACAGCGCAGCGGCCAUGCGGCUCAACAGCCGGGGCAAGCUGGUGCAGGUCAACAGCCGCUUCAACUCGCCCACCACGCAGGACCUGGUCUACAUCGACCCCAGCCCCGACUACUGCGUGCGCAACGAGAGCACCGGCUCGCUGGGCACGCAGGGCCGCCUGUGCAACAAGACGUCCGAGGGCAUGGACGGCUGCGAGCUCAUGUGCUGCGGCCGCGGCUACGACCAGUUCAAGACCGUGCAGACGGAGCGCUGCCACUGCAAGUUCCACUGGUGCUGCUACGUCAAGUGCAAGAAGUGCACGGAGAUCGUGGACCAGUUCGUGUGCAAAUAGUGGGCGCCCGCCGCCCGCCUGUCACCCAGCCCCGCUCCCAGGACCCACUUAUUUAUAGAAAGUACAGUGAUUCUGGUUUUUUUUUUUUUUAAUAUUGUUUUAUUUUCCCCUGAGAAUUGCAACCGGAACCAUUUUUUUUU